AUGUCCAAUAACUUACUCGAAGCUUAUCGGUUAGCUGUUCCAAUUCCUGAGGUCUUCCUGAUUCCUGACUUCAUCACUGAGGCAGAAGAAAGUUAUCUAUCUGAAAAGAUAGAUGAAGUUGGUAAUUCAAAUAUAGUAUUCCAACCCAAUGGCUCGUCUUCACUACGAGCCGGUGGUUGGCAGCGCGUUAAACAAAGAAGAUCGAUGCAUUGGGGAGGUACUCUGACCGCAAAGGGGCGGUUGAUUCCCAGAGCCUUACCGCCAUUCAUGACGCAACAAUGGCCCAACGUCUUUGAACGCAUCUCGAAACUAGGCAUAUUCAAUGAUUUUGAGUCUCCAGACGACAAACUCAUUCGACCAAACCAUUGUCUCGUGAAUGAAUAUAUCGGAGCGGAAGCAGAUGGUAUACUGCCUCACCAAGAUGGUCCAGCAUAUUUGCCGAUUGUCGCCACUUUAUCAUUAGAAUCGCAUACAAUCUACGACUUUCAUUCUUAUCUCGAUGAUGACUCUAUCACAUCACAGAGUCUGACGACAAGCUCUCUGGCUGUCCCUUCCCUCGUUGUUCAACCUACAUCCGAUGACCCAAUUUGCAGUAGCGAUAUCAGCAAAGGCCGCACUAUAUCUCCCGAUCCUAUCUUUUCAAUCUUUGUCCCUCGUCGGUCCCUGAUUAUCCUCCGGUCACGCUGUUAUACUGAUCUUCUUCACGCCAUACCGAAUAGAAGAUUUGAUGGAUUGUAUACCGAUCUAUCUCGUUGUCUUAACUGGAAACCCGAAGCUGUUCUGUGUUGCUCUCUUUCAGAUUCAUCUGAACCUCAACUAGAACGUACUCGUCGGGUUAGCUUAACCUGUCGACGGGUCAAAAAAGUCAUUACAGGCUUGUCAAAAUUUGUAAAAUAG